ACACGCCCGCUCGGGCCCCUCUCGGUGUGUCUUCCUUCAAGAUGACAGGGCGCUGGAGAAAAGGCCGCUGGAAUCAGCUGGUGAAAGCCCAGCCUCUGUGGUUCUUAAUGCCUCAGCAGGAUUAUUUUCACUAAAGAUGGAAACACUGGAGUCUGAAUUGACCUGUCCAAUCUGCCUAGAGUUGUUUGAAGACCCCCUUCUGCUCCCAUGUGCUCAUAGCCUCUGCUUCAGCUGUGCCCAUCGCAUCUUGGUCUCAAGCUGCAGCUCUGGUGAAUCCAUUGAACCCAUUACUGCUUUCCAGUGUCCUACGUGCAGGUAUGUUAUCUCACUGAACCACCGGGGGCUGGACGGCCUCAAGAGGAAUGUGACCUUGCAGAACAUUAUUGACCGCUUCCAGAAGGCUUCAGUAAGUGGGCCCAACUCCCCAAGUGAGAGCCGCCGGGAGAGGACUUACAGGCCCAGCACCACCAUGUCCAGUGAACGAAUUGCUUGCCAGUUCUGUGAGCAGGACCCACCCCGGGAUGCAGUGAAAACAUGCAUCACCUGUGAGGUCUCCUACUGUGACCGUUGCCUGCGGGCCACACACCCCAACAAGAAACCUUUCACCAGCCACCGCCUGGUCGAACCAGUGCCAGACACGCAUCUUCGAGGGAUCACCUGCCUGGACCAUGAGAACGAGAAAGUGAACAUGUAUUGCGUAUCUGAUGACCAAUUGAUCUGUGCCUUAUGCAAACUGGUGGGGCGUCACCGAGACCAUCAGGUGGCAUCCCUGAAUGAUCGAUUUGAAAAACUCAAGCAAACUCUGGAGAUGAACCUCACCAACCUGGUUAAGCGCAACAGUGAACUAGAAAAUCAAAUGGCCAAGCUAAUACAGAUCUGUCAACAGGUUGAGGUAAACACUGCUAUGCAUGAGGCAAAACUUAUGGAAGAAUGCGACGAGUUGGUAGAGAUCAUCCAGCAGAGGAAGCAAAUGAUUGCUGUCAAAAUCAAAGAGACAAAGGUUAUGAAACUGAGAAAGUUAGCACAGCAGGUUGCUAACUGCCGCCAGUGUCUUGAGAGGUCAACAGUCCUCAUCAACCAAGCUGAACAUAUCCUGAAAGAAAACGACCAGGCACGGUUUCUACAGUCUGCAAAAAAUAUUGCUGAGAGGGUCGCUAUGGCAACUGCAUCCUCUCAAGUUCUGAUUCCAGAUAUCAAUUUUAAUGAUGCCUUUGAAAACUUUGCUUUAGAUUUUUCCAGAGAAAAGAAAUUGCUGGAAGGGCUAGAUUAUUUAACAGCCCCAAACCCACCAUCUAUCCGAGAAGAACUCUGUACAGCCUCCCAUGACACCAUUACAGUCCACUGGAUCUCGGAUGAUGAGUUCAGCAUCAGCUCCUAUGAGCUUCAGUACACCAUAUUCACUGGCCAGGCUAACUUCAUCAGUCUGUAUAAUUCAGUGGAUAGCUGGAUGAUCGUGCCCAACAUUAAACAGAACCAUUACACAGUACAUGGACUCCAGAGUGGGACACGCUACAUCUUCAUUGUUAAAGCCAUAAACCAAGCAGGCAGCCGGAACAGUGAACCUACCCGACUAAAAACAAACAGCCAACCCUUUAAACUGGACCCAAAAAUGACUCACAAGAAGUUGAAGAUCUCUAAUGACGGACUGCAGAUGGAAAAGGAUGAGAGCUCUCUGAAGAAGAGCCAUACCCCAGAGAGGUUUAGUGGCACAGGGUGCUAUGGGGCAGCAGGAAAUGUAUUCAUUGACAGUGGCUGCCACUAUUGGGAGGUGGUCAUGGGCUCCUCAACAUGGUAUGCUAUUGGUAUUGCCUACAAAUCAGCUCCAAAGAAUGAAUGGAUUGGCAAGAAUGCCUCCUCAUGGGUCUUCUCUCGCUGCAAUAGUAACUUUGUGGUGAGACAUAACAACAAGGAGAUGCUCGUGGAUGUUCCCCCACAGUUGAAGCGUCUGGGUGUCCUCCUGGAUUAUGACAACAACAUGCUGUCCUUCUAUGACCCAGCUAAUUCUCUUCAUCUCCAUACUUUUGAUGUGACCUUCAUUCUUCCAGUUUGUCCAACAUUCACAAUCUGGAACAAAUCCCUAAUGAUCCUGUCUGGCUUGCCUGCCCCAGAUUUUAUUGAUUACCCUGAGCGGCAGGAAUGUAACUGCAGGCCUCAAGAAUCCCCCUAUGUUGCUGGGAUGAAAGCUUGCCAUUAAGUUUCAAGAGAGCAUAUAAUUCACUGGCUCUCCAGUUCAGCAAUUUUUUCUGUCCUAAACCUCAGUUAGUGUUCAAUAUAUGCGAUACAAAAUAAAGUUUGUUUGAAGCAUCCAAAAUAACUAGAUAUUAUAGAUUUAAUUUUUGUGCAUUAAAGCUUGUAUUUGAAUUAAUGUAUUGAGUUUCUCAGAAUAAAUUAUCUGCAUAGUCUGGUUUCAAGCCACUGGGGAAGUUUAGGGAACACCUCUUGUCAUUGGAGAAUUAAAAAUUCCCAGUGAUUUAGGAGUAUAAAUGAUAUAUUGGAAGGAAUUAGGAUAAUUCUAGGUAAAAAACAUAGGAAGGUGUUCUGAGCAAGGGGCUAGCCAGCU